AUGAGCAGGGGUGGCAGCAGCAGCGAAACUGUCCCCCGCGCCCUGUACCGCGACGGCAGUGCCUAUGGCGACCACGCAUACGAUUGUGAGGACGACGACGAGGUGCUGGACGAGGAGGAGCUCAGCCUGCUGGAGGACAUUGGCGCUGCGUGGUCGCCUUCCUCGUCAUCCUUGAGCGCCGCCCCCAGCACCGUCUCCUGCGGCUCGAGGCCGAUCGCCAUCCCCGCAGCCACCUACUUCAAGGACCAUGCGCAGCGGCGGCACCUGGACAGGCUAAACAGGAAGCGCGCGUGGUACUCCCAGCAGCAGGAGCAGGAGCGACUCCUCGGCAAGACGGGCGCCAAGUCGGCGGCGCAGCAACAGCGGAAGCAGCAAUACAUUGGCGGCGCCGGCAAGUGA